UAUCCCGUCCUGCUCCGCGGCGCUGGGCAAGAUGGCUGCUGAGAAACAGGUUCCUGGUGGCGGCGGCAGCGGCGGCGCGGGCGGCGGCAGCGGCGGCGGACGCGGCGCCGGAGGAGAGGAAAAUAAGGAAAACGAGCGACCUUCAGCCGGAUCGAAGGCAAACCAGGAAUUUGGCGAUAGCCUAAGCUUGGAGAUUCUUCAGAUCAUUAAGGAAUCCCAGCAGCAGCACGGUUUGCGGCAUGGAGAUUUCCAGAGGUACAGGGGCUACUGUUCCCGUAGACAAAGACGUCUCCGGAAAACACUCAACUUCAAGAUGGGGAACAGACACAAAUUCACAGGAAAAAAAGUAACCGAAGAUCUUCUGACUGAUAACAGAUACUUGCUCCUGGUUCUGAUGGACGCCGAAAGGGCCUGGAGCUACGCCAUGCAGCUCAAACAGGAAGCCAACACGGAACCCCGGAAGCGGUUCCACUUGCUGUCCCGCCUGCGCAAAGCCGUGAAGCACGCGGAGGAGCUGGAGCGCUUGUGUGAGAGCAACCGCGUGGACGCCCAGACCAAGCUGGAGGCGCAGGCUUACACGGCGUACCUCUCGGGAAUGCUGCGCUUCGAGCACCAAGAGUGGAAAGCUGCCAUCGAGGCUUUUAACAAAUGCAAAACCAUCUACGAGAAGCUCGCCAGUGCUUUCACGGAGGAGCAGGCCGUGCUGUACAACCAGCGCGUGGAGGAGAUCUCGCCCAACAUCCGCUACUGCGCCUACAACAUCGGGGACCAGUCAGCCAUCAAUGAACUCAUGCAGAUGAGGCUGAGGUCUGGGGGCACCGAGGGUCUCCUGGCUGAAAAGUUGGAGGCCCUGAUCACUCAGACUCGAGCCAAACAGGCCGCUACCAUGAGCGAAGUGGAAUGGAGGGGGAGGACGGUCCCCGUGAAGAUCGACAAAGUGAGGAUCUUCUUGUUGGGAUUGGCCGAUAACGAGGCGGCCAUUGCGCAGGCUGAAAGUGAAGAGACCAAGGAGCGCCUGUUUGAGUCCAUGCUCAGCGAGUGCCGGGACGCCGUCCAGGCCGUGCGGGAGGAGCUCAAGCCCGAUCAGAAACAGAGGGAUUACACUCUGGACGGGGAGUCAGGGAAGGUGUCUAAUCUUCAGUACCUGCACAGCUACCUGACUUACAUCAAGCUGUCGACGGCCAUCAAGCGAAAUGAGAACAUGGCCAAAGGUCUGCAGAAGGCCCUGCUGCAGCCACAGCCGGAAGAUGACAGCAAGCGCGCCCGGCCCCAGGACCUGAUCCGCCUCUACGACAUCAUUCUACAGAACCUGGUGGAACUUCUUCAGCUCCCUGGCUUAGAGGAGGACAAAGCCUUCCAGAAGGAGAUAGGCCUCAGGACCCUGGUGUACAAGGCUUACAGGUGUUUUUUUAUCGCUCAGUCCUACGUGCUGGUGAAGAAGUGGAGCGAGGCCCUUGUCUUGUACGACAGGGUCCUGAAGUACGCAGACGAGGUGACUGCGGACGCCGGCGCCUUCAGGAACAGCCUGAAGGACUUGCCUGACGUGCACGAGCUCAUCACGCAAGUGAGGUCCGAGAAGUGCUCCCUGCAGGCCGCGGCCAUCCUGGAUGCAAGUGACUCCCACCAAACAGAGACCGCCUCUCAAGUCAAGGACAACAAGCCCCUGGUUGAGCGGUUUGAGACAUUCUGCCUGGACCCUUCCCUCGUCACCAAGCAAGCCAACCUCGUGCACUUCCCGCCAGGGUUCCGGCCCAUCCCUUGCAAGCCCUUGUUCUUUGACCUGGCCCUCAACCACGUGGCCUUCCCACCGCUCGAGGACAAGUUGGAGCAGAAGGCCAAGAGCGGCCUCACUGGCUACAUCAAGGGAAUCUUUGGCUUCAGGAGCUAACCAGGCUCUUCCAUGGGGGCAGGGGGAGAUUCUGACUCUGUGUGUUGUGAGGAAACCCCAGCGAGUUCCGUGAUAUUAAAUCCAGGUCCGCAUUGGCCCAGGGCGGGAGCGUAGCAGCCUCAGCCCUGCGUCCCUUGUCUUGUGUGUUCGUGCACUUACAUCCUCAGCCAGCGUGCCGGGGGGGGCGCCCUGGUGUCCUCCGGUACGUGCGCGCGCGGUCCCUCUGUCCACCACUACUGGGGGAGGGCGCUGCCAUCUGGUCCCUCUUGUGCGGUGACUGAUUCCCUGUGGUCAGUCGUGUGUUCAGGGAGGAGGUUCACACCAGGCCCAGCUACGGGCCCGGAAUGUUUCGUCCCGUUUCUUCAGUACCACGGAUUUGAAACGAACUCCUUCUUGCUGUGAGCACCCAGAAUCCCCUGAAAAGUUUGUUCGUGACUAGGACACAUUGGCACCGUCUCCCCAGAAUUACAGUCAGCCUUACCCCGUCACCCCCAAGUGGAAGUUCAGUUUCAAAUCAAGCAAAGAGCUCUAUUUUUAGAAGAAAUGUGUUACACUCAGAAAUGAUGAAAACAAAUCUUAUAUUAAAAG